AUGUCAACAAUCGGCACAACAACAAUUCAAACAACAGCACCAAACUCGUUAGUCAUGAAUCCAACAUCUAUGUUAGUAGAAAUGAAAAGCUUCAUUCCUUCUUCAUAUACUUUCGAAACAGAAAUCCAGAAGAUAAAGCAAGAACUUUUAACAAGUAAUUUAGACUGUAGUGCGAAAGAUGAAACAAAUGAACAGUAUCUUUAUGAAAUGGAGGACCUCAUCGACCAUUUGCCUAAACUACCUGAAAUUCAGCAGCAAAAACUAACUAUUCCUGAAUUUGAUGAAAUAGAAGUCAAAGCAACUGACUCAGUAGAAAUAAAGAAGUUCAUACGAAAGGUAAAUUAUGAAUUCCUUGGUUUUCAUUGCAACCAUAAAGUUAUGGACAAAGAUUGCGACAUAGUAUAUAAGAACAUCUCUGACAUAUAUAAAUCUGGGGAGUUUAAGACAUACGACAACUUUGUUUCAUUAGCUGCAAAAUGUGUAUGGCAGAUAAGAGAUAAAGAUAGAAGAGGUAAGGUAUGGAAUGAACAGAUAAAACCAACUGCUUCAGAUUUAAAGAAAACCAUUGACGCCUUGGUUGUUUUAGCAG